AUGUCAUCAACCAAUAUUAUUAGAUACAAUACAAUCAAGAUUGAUAACCACAAUAUCUUUUAUCGUGAGAGCGGAGACAAGAAGAAUCCAACUUUAAUCCUAUUACAUGGAUUCCCAUCAUCGAGUCAUCAGUACCGUCAUUUAUUGGCCGAUGACAAGUUGACUGAAAAGUUUCAUUUAAUCGCACCCGAUUACAUUGGCUAUGGUCAAUCGUCGAUGCCAUCAACCAAGGAAUUUGAAUACACCUUUGAAAACCUAUCAGUUGUCACUGAAAAGUUUAUCAAUGCCUUGUCUAUUGAAAAGUAUAGUCUCUAUGUAUUUGACUAUGGUGCUCCCAUUGGUUAUAGACUUGCUCUCCGUAACCCUGAAAAGAUACAAUCUUUCAUUGUCCAGAAUGGUAAUGCCUAUGAUGAAGGAAUAGAUAACGCUUUCUGGGCCAACGUCAAAAAGUACUGGGCCGAACCAACCAAACAAGAAAACAUUGACUUUGUUCUUGGGCUGAUCACUGCUCAAACCACUCAAUGGCAAUAUUUGAAUGGUGUACAAGAAAAGGACAAGAGUUUGGUUGCACCAGAUGGAUAUAUCAGUGACCAAUACUACCUCGAUCGUCCAGGUAACGGUGAGAUUCAAGCUCAACUCUUGUUUGACUAUGGUACCAACCCAUCGAAAUAUCCACAGUUUCAAGAUUACUUUAGACAAUACCAGCCACCAAUGUUGAUUGUUUGGGGAAAGAAUGAUGAAAUCUUUCCAGCUGAUGGUGCCUAUCCAUACAAACGUGAUCUAAAGAAUCUUGAUUUCCAUCUAUUUGAAACUGGUCAUUUCACACUUGAAACUCAUCACCGUGAAAUUAGUCAAUUAAUCAAUCAAUUCCUUACAAAGAAUAUUAUUGUCAACAACAACAAUCAUGUUUUAGUGGGUGUGGUGUUGGUAGUGGUCGUGGUGUAUACCAGCACACAAUUAAAAAUAGAAUUAUUUGUAGUUCCGACGAAUGAAUCGCUGUCGUCAAACCCCACCACCUCAGCUGCGACGAAGGAGAGAGUAAUGGAGGAUAUCUCAAGAGUAGUAGUUCAAGAAACAACAACAACACCGACACCUACAACACCACCACUAUCUUCAAGCAAGAAUGUAUCUCCGAUUCUCAUUGCCAACAAGCAAAAGCUAAUGAUUCACGAAUCAUUGGUUUUGUCAAUGGAAACGCCAAACUAUCCCAUCAUUGAUUUGGCAGCAGAGAUGAAAUCAAAACAACCAUCGGAAAUGACAUCAAUGACAUCGGCAACUUCAACAACAAAACCACAAUCGGCGGCAACCGAUGACGAUGAUGAACACAAAGAUGAUAUUAUGGGUGUAAAGUCAAUGCAAGGAUAUGUUGGUACACCGGAAAGAGAGGCAUUGUAUUGGUUAUUGGCAGUAGCUUCAUUUGGGUUGGUAUUCCUUGUCUUUCAUUGGUUUGAUAUGGCAUGGGUUAAAAUUAGAUACAGAAAGACUGAUACUCUGGCAUCGGCUCAUGUCAUUGUAGUGACUGGUAUAGAUAAUAGAUAUGAAAUUUGUAUGGUUAAAUCUAGUAAUCAUCUACCAAAACAUAUUGAAUUUAGACAUUCAAGAUUCUUUUAUCAACAUGAUAUUGAUUAUUUUGAAAGACCAAAAGUAAGAGAUUAUUAUGAUAUUACAAUGGUAGUUAAUAUGGUUGAUAAAGGAUUGACAAUGGAUGAAUACAAUGAAUCUUUGGAAAAGUAUGAUUCCAAUAUUAUGAAUUUCCCUGUUAAAUCAAUUCCUAGAUUAUUAUUGGAAGAAGUAUUACAUCCAUUCUUUAUUUUCCAAAUUUAUUCAGUUUGUUUAUGGAUGGCAGAAGAAUAUUAUUAUUAUGCAUGUGCAAUCUUUUUGAUUGCGACGGUUAGCUCGAUAUUAAGUUUGAGAGAAAUUCGUCACAAUCUAGUAUCUCUAAAGAAAAUGUCAACCUAUGAUUGUGAGGUACGAGUGUUGCGUGACUCGACAUUCAAGUUGGUAUCGUCGACUAGUUUGGUGCCGGGUGAUAUUGUUGAUAUCAGUCAAAACAUGCAAGUGCCAUGUGAUUUGUCUUUGCUCACUGGAUCGGCCAUCUGCAAUGAAUCCAUGUUGACGGGAGAGUCUAUUCCCGUCACCAAACAUCCACUCUUGACACCUGACGAACUCAACCAUAUUCGUCAGUUGGUCAAAGAUGGCAAAGCAGACCAAGCCGACCCAAUUGAUUUUAGUCAAGCUCGAUCAUCCAUGUUUGGCGGUACAAUUGUAGUCAAGGUGAUUGCACCACCUGGAGGACGUAUAUUGGCAGCUGUGCGUCAGACUGGAUUCCAAACAUCAAAGGGUCGUCUCAUCUUAUCCAUUUUGUUUCCAAAGAAAUCUCAUUUUAAGUUUUUGUCAGAGUCUCUCAAGUUUGUUGGAGUGUUGUGUGCGAUUGCUUUGGUUGGAUUUUCCGUUUCAGUUUGGCGACUCAAUAGUCUGGGAGUGGAUGCCGGUACAAUCGCAUUGCGUGCACUCGAUCUCAUCACCAUCGUCAUCCCACCAGCUCUGCCAAUGGCUAUCACCGUAGGUACUGGGUUUGCCUUGAUCCGUCUCCGCCACAAAAAGAUCUUUUGUAUUUCUCCACCACGUGUCAACAUGGCUGGCAAGAUACAAGUGUUUUGCUUUGACAAGACUGGUACACUCACCGAAGAAGGUCUCGACUUUUACGGUGUUCUCGGUGCAGACUCGUUGGCCACAUUCCGACAACGCAGGGAGGAUUUCACAUCCAACCACCGUAUUCUCAGACUUAUUAUGGCAUCAUGUCACUCGCUAUCCACCAUCAAUAACGAGGUGAGUGGUGAUCCUCUUGAACUCAAGAUAUACCAGGCUGUAGGUGCCAAUCUCCACGAGACUGAUGAAGCAACCUCCAUCCUUGUUCCAGAGUUGAUCACUAAUCAAGAGACUAUCCCUGUUGGCAGCGACCCAAUCACUCCCCCAAAUAACAAUAUACUUGGUCAAGAAACAUUAGUGUACAUUGAAAGAUUCGAUUUCCAGUCUUCUUUGCAACGUUUUAUCAUUAUGGAAAACAAGCUCAAACCAGAGUCGGCAGGUAUUAUCAAGCAACUCCACAAGGCCAAUAUCAGAACAAUCAUGGUGACGGGUGACAACCCUCUUACUGCAGUCUCGGUGGCUCGUCAAUGUGGUAUCCUCAAGAACGACUCGUUAUCAUUCCUCGCCAAGAUGGAUCAACAUCACCCACACCACGAUGAAAAGGACGACGACCACCACCACCUACUCCUCGACAAUAUGAUUAGUUGGGACAAUAUCUCAAACGACGAUUCGAAUCAUAGUUUAUCUUACCACAAACUAGACCCAUCUACUCUACUAUUGGAUGCUGAAGAAGGUAACAAUGCCUAUUCACUCAUCGUUACGGGUAAUGUGUUUAGAAAGAUACAUCAACAUUAUCUAGCUACUGGAAGUACACGAUUCACUCAAAUGUUAAAGAAAACAUUAGUGUAUAGUAGAAUGUCACCAGAGGAUAAACAGUGUCUAGUCGAGGAACUACAACGUGUUGGAUUGUAUGUUGGAAUGUGUGGUGAUGGUGCCAAUGAUUGUGGUGCUUUGAAAGCUGCACACGUAGGUAUAUCUCUGUCAGAGACAGAAGCAUCGAUUGCAGCUCCAUUCACAUCGACUGUCACAAACAUCUCUUGUUGUCCAACACUCAUCAAAGAAGGACGUGCAUCAUUGGCGGUAUCAUUCAAGUUGUUCCAAUUUAUGGGAAUGUAUUCAUUGAUCCAAUUCAUUUCGGUUAUAUUCCUAUAUUUCAUUGCAUCUGUACUUGGUAAUUGGAUGUACUUGUAUCAAGAUCUUUGGAUCAUCUUCCCACUCGUCAUUUUCAUGGGUAUGACUCGUCCAUCUGACAAAUUGUCUGUCAAGCGUCCAAGUGGCCGUCUCAUCUCGGGUGCCAUUGUUGGAUCACUCAUUGUACACAUUGCAGUCUGCAUGGCAUUCCAAUCGUGCGUAUUCUUUUUCGUACGAUCACAGUCAUGGUACAACCAAGACCAAAUCGACGAGGACAACAUCGUCACCUAUGUCACCACCUCCCUCUUUAUCUAUGCCAAUUUCCAAUACCUAAUCAUGGCUCUAUCAUUCUCUUUUGGUAAACCAUUUUUAAAACCACUUUAUACCAAUAGAUACUUAUUUAUAACAUAUUUAGUAGCAUUGAUUAGUUCAUUGUUAUUAUUAUUUGCACCACAAGAGAGUGUUUGGAGAUUUGGAGAGAUGUUGAUCAUGCCAGUCAAGUGGAGAUUGACACUUUUUGGAUUGAUCAUUUCCAACUUGGCAGCCAACCUCAUUGUCGAGUUUUGUUUUGUCUAUUACAAACUCCGUAGCAAAAAGAAAAAGGUAUUCUAUUAUGACCAAAUAUUCUCCAAAGAUGUUCCUUUCGAUAAAAGAAUCACUGAAGAAACUAUUUUACUUCAAUAUACUUUGUUGGAGUCGAUCUGCAAGCCAGCAAUCAAUAGGGAGAUCAGCCAACAUGUUAGACAUGCUCAUUGUGUCCAAGCUGCUCGACGAGGGUCAACCUCCUCCCAAUGCAUAUCCAACCCUGCCGAGGUUCUGGUUGAAGUCCAAUCCUUUUUCCAAAAACUAUUUAACAAACCAGCCAACGAACAAGCACAUCCAGCUCCAUCAUGGCUGACCAACAUGACACCAGUCGUCAACCCCAAUGCUCAACUCUUGACAAAUGAGAUAUCGUUGGCUGAACUCGUCGCUGCCAUUUUAAACUUGAAAAAUGGUACGUCGCCAGGCCCAGAUGGUGUCUACAAUGAGAAAGGUUCAAAAACAUCUCGAUACUACAGAGAUGAAUUACUUGCAGAUAUUCGUAACAAACUAUUAUUAGUUGAUAAAGAAAUAGUUAAUUUAAAAUCAAAAUCUUAUAGAGACUAUAAAAAGAAAACUAAAGAAAAGAAUGAUACUGCUUACUUGGGAUCUUACAAUUUUUAA